UGCUGCUUGCGGGGUAGGUAGAGACAGACAAACACCUAGAGCAUCUUUACUAAGCAAGCGCGCUUUAAAAGUCAAAGCCUUGCAAUCGGUGUGAGAUAGGAGUGAAUAUCAUGAAGGGUGAGACAUAAUGGGGAACGAUCAUGCGUUCGCGUCAAAUGAUUUAGUUAUGUUAGUUCUAUGCACGUACGCGGGACAAUAUUUAAUCUUGUUGCAAACCUUUUUGACCUCUUGAGGAGUGAAGGAAGACAUCAAUUUCUCAGAAGGCUGAACUUCAACCAACUCUUGUGAGUUUGAAUUCCUCCUGACUGGCUGGAUAACAACAUGCCUAUCCUGGAGAGAGAGCCGCCGAAAGGCCGAAGGGAAAGCUAUGUCCUGCCCAAGGUGCCUGUCCCACCCCUGAAACAGACUCUGGACAUGUACCUGAGCUGUAUGAAACACCUGGUGAAGGAGGAACAAUAUCAGAAGACUAAAGCCAUCGUGGUGAAGUUUGGAGAGCCAGGCGGCACUGGAGAGCUGCUGCAGAAGAAACUACUGGAGAGGAGUGACAAGACAUACAACUGGGUUUAUGACUACUGGCUAGAAGAUAUGUAUUUGAAUCAGAGAUUGGCCCUACCAGUCAACUCCAAUCCUGCCAUGGUCUUCCCAAAACAAAACUUUAAAGAUCGCAAAGACUCACUCAGAUUUGCUGCUCACCUCAUCACAGGAGUUCUGGAGUACAAGGAACGUAUUGACACGCGGGUGUUGCCUGUGGACUUUGCUCGGGGCCAGCUGGCAGGGACCCCUCUGUGUAUGAAGCAGUAUUACCGUCUCUUCAACACAUACCGUCUGCCCGGCCACAAGAGGGACACCCUCGUCAUCCACAAGCCUGGGUCGACUGAGCAGGAGCACAUCAUCGUGGCAUGCAAGAACCAGUUCUUUGUGUUGGACCUAGUUGUAAAUAAGAAAAAGCUGAAAGAAAUGGACAUCUUAACCCAGUUGGAGAAGAUAGUGAAGAUGGCGGAGAACUCAGAGGAGAGACAGCCUCCAUUUGGUCUGCUGACGUCUGAUGGAAGAACAGAAUGGGCCCAAGCUAGAGAAGUGCUCAUCAAAGAUUCGGUAAACAAAGAGUCAUUGGCUGUGAUUGAGAAGUGUCUGUGUGUGUUGUGUCUGGACAACCCCAGUGGGAUGGAGGUUGGGGAUACCAGCCGAGCCCUGCUGAUGCUCCAUGGAGGAGGCCAUGAGAAGAUGGGGGCGAACCGUUGGUAUGACAAGCCAAUGCAGUUUAUUGUAGGGGAGGACGGAGUCUGCGGAACAGUGUGCGAGCACUCACCCUUCGAGGGCAUUGUUCUGGUGGCAUGUACUGAAUACCUGAUGAAAUUUAUGACUGGAAGUCCCUCCAAGAUGGGGAGGGCCACCAGCGUGUCGGAGCUUCCUACUCCUGCUAGACUGCUCUGGAAGACCACACCUCACAUCCAGGACCUCUUGAAGGCCUCUGCUGAGAGACUACAGAGGCUGGUUAGAGAUCUGGACAUGGAUGUGCACAAGUUUGAGGUCUAUGGAAAAGAAUUCAUCAAGAAACAGAAGAUGAGCCCAGAUGCAUACAUACAGGUGGCUCUACAGCUGGCAUUCUACAGAUGCAAUGGAAGGCUGGUGUCCACUUAUGAAAGUGCAUCUAUCCGUCGUUUCCAUGAGGGCCGGGUGGACAACAUCCGCUCAGCUACCUCCGAGGCUCUGGCCUUUGUGAAGGCCAUGACGGACGAGAAGGCAUCUCUCUCUGAUUCUGAAAAGAUGAAACAAUUGUGGGAUGCAAUUAACGCCCAGACAAAUUACACAAUCACAGCUAUUACAGGGUUGGGAAUAGACAAUCACCUUCUCGGACUCAGAGAGAUCGCACAAGAGCUCAACAUGGAGAGGCCGGAGAUCUUCACAGAUGAAACCUAUGUGGCCAGUAACCAGUUCAUUCUCUCCACCAGUCAGGUCCCAACCACAGUGGAGAUGUUCUGCUGCUAUGGCCCGGUUGUUCCUAACGGCUACGGGUGCUGCUACAACCCCCAGUCAGACCACCUCCUCUUCAGCGUGACCAGCUUCCACGGUAGCACCGAGACCUGCUCGGCAGUGUUCAUCAAGGCUCUAGACGAGGGCCUCGUAGAGAUGAGGGAUCUGUGCAGGAAGAGUAAUAAGCCUCAGAGCAGCGCUGCUCCUGCUGCCUCGAAGGCGGUUGAGAAUAACCAAGGAGCUGGCAGCAAGCUUCCAAGCACACUUCAGAAAACAGGGAAGUAAUUCAUACCAAUGUAGCUUAUGACGGCUUCAGAGUCACACUCAACUUCCGCCGCAUCCCGGUAUGUCGUAAAAGGAGUGUUAACUAGUUGUCCUGUGUGUAUUUUCAUGUUUGUGCAAUCAGGUUUGUGUUUUACGACUGAUUCUCUCAAUUCAAUCAGAAAAUAUGAAGCCUUAACUAUGUAACUAUGUACAUAAAACUAAGAGUUAAUAAUUUAGCUGUAAUGACUACAAAGAAUUAAACAUGGAAAAAAACAUAGUUGUAGACUCUCAUUCAUCAUUGACACUGUGUGGGAGUCAAGACAGAGCAGAGAUAUCUGGUCUACUAAUAGGAAACUAAAGCCAUGCCUGCUAUUUCAGCACUGUAGUGACGGACAGCUCCUCUUCACCGAGAGGAUGAAUGAACUAGCUCCUAAAUGAUCUCAGUGUAUGUACGCUCAACAUAUAUUCAUCAGCUUUGUUGAAACAACUCCUAAAUAUAUACCGGAAUAUACCAUUAUUCACAUUUGUCAUGCAAACAAUCAUAUUGUAACUAAUGGGAUUAAAGUAAACUAGGUUUAAGAUCGUCAAUAUAAGGACGAUGACAAAAAGGGAUUUCUAUCAGGUGAAGUCUAAAGGAUGACAGGCACUUUAAUGUUCUAUAUUUUUUACUUACGUUUGUUAAGAAAUUAUAUGAAAUAAAUGAUAUGUGAAGAAUAACAGUUGACAGAUAUACAGGAGCUCAUUGCUUGAGACAAAAAAUACUUCAAUGAUUCUUAAUUCAGUAGCAACCGUUGCUAUGUAUCAGUAUAUUUGUGCUGUGAACCAUAUUUGUCAUGUCCUAUAUGUGUGUAUAUGUGACGCAAUAGUUUGAGUAAUGAAAAUGUCUGUGUUACCUUACUGCAUCAGUUCAGUAGGAUGAACUGAGCUUUACUCACUAAGUGGUGAUAAUGUGACGUGAAUCAUUGUGUGUAUGUUUCUAUAGUAUACCAGUAGUAGUGUAGAAACAUUAAGAAUAAAAUACAGUCAUUCAAGGCUUUACUGUGCAAUCAUAAAAUAGCUUACGCAGCAAGGCUUGCAUAUGCAAUUCAUAUGAAAUCUAUUCAUUAUCUUAGCUAUUUUUGGUAUUCAGCAAUAUUUUGGUCACAGUAGAAUGUAGAAUGUGUUAGAACAUAUAAUACAGUAAUGUCCUCUUGUGUGUAAUAGAGAAGUGUCUUAUUGUAACAAGCAAAAACCUGCAUGUUUUAGAUGAUGGUCUCAUGUUCAAAACCUGUCAGUUUGUCCUUGUAAAUGUUUCAUUACUAUCACAAAUAUCGAAGUCAAGAGUGUUUAAAUGUUCAUUGUUGCUGUUACAUGUUAUUGUUGUUUUGUGUUAAUAAUGUAUUUUGCUGGACAUUUGAAUGUGAACCAGGUGACAGCGCAAGUAUUUUAUCAGAUGUACUUUUUCUCACUUUAUACCUCACAUAGUCAUCCUAUCCUCCUUUCUCUCUCUAGUUUCCUAUGCAUGCACAAUGAGGAAAAUAAGUCUUAGAAAUGCACGUUAAGUGCACUUAAAAAAGCUUAAAAAGCGAUAAAAAAAGGUCUGCUUGUUGUUGUACCUGUAUAUGAGUCCAUACAAAACAUAAACAGAUUUGCCUUAAACUUUUGACUGAUAUGCUUACAGUACAGUAUUUCUAGAGGUAUUUCCAUAGGUAUAGGUAGUAGAGAUUAUGUGCAGGAUUGUCUCAUACCGUUUCAUCAAGUGGAUGUGGUGAUUCUGUGGAAGAAGAAAUGUGUUACCUGUUUGUGUGACGUAUGGAAAUGAAUAGGAAUGUAGUAGUGGUGUUGAUAUGCUGGUUUUUGAGUUUCAUAUUUUGAUUGAUUUCCUAAUGGCACCCUUUUCCUUUUAUAUUGCACAACUUUUGACCAGGACUUUGCUCAAAAGUAGUGCACUAUAUAGGGACCAUUUAGGAUACAAACUUUAUAUAUUGGUAAUGGUCUAAUGUGUGUUUCCACUCAUAUUAUGGAAUCUAAGGCAUUGAUUGAUACUGAUUGCAGUAGCGCAGAAUAUCAGCAUGAUUCACAUUUAAAGGGAAGGUUUCCCCUUUCGUGACGCCCUCUAUUCACGGUAAACAAUGCAUGUCAGCUCAAUCGGAAAUUAACUUUACAUUUCAACCACGCUACAAUGCAGAUCUUCAGUGCUACAGAUUGAAUCAAGCCCUAAGUCCAUGCUCAUGUUAUCGUUAGUGAUAGGGAGAGUACUGUAGUUUGUGCUGUAUCAAUUGUAUUUAUUUUAUAUAGUCAAUUGAAUUUUCAGUGAAUGCAUACAACUCUAGUAAAACAUUGAAAAGCUUAUUUAUUUUUGUAGUUAAAUACGUACAUUUAUUUUCAUCCAAAAACCGAUAUGAUAUACGCACUUGAAUUGUAUUGGAGAUAUUUAUGAGAAUAUAUUGUAACCUUUUGCUGUGUAGAGAAUACUGCAAUAAAUAAAAUGAAUUCC